AAACCGCAUUUCAGCCCAAGCAAAACCAAACCAAAGGGAAGCACUAGCAGCGAGCCGAGCGAGCCCCUGCCUGCGAGUGCCUGCCUCCACCCGUGUGCCACGGCCACGCUCCCCCAGAGCCAGAGGCGAGAGAACCAAACCGACCAGGCGGCGAUGGUGUCGGACUCGGAGCUGGUGGAGCGGCUGCGGGAGGUGCUGAAGGACUCGGACCUCACCACAACCACCACCGGCGCCCUGCGCCGCCGCCUCGAGGAGGACUUCGGCGUCGACCUCUCCGACAAGAAGGCCUUCGUUCGGGAACAGGUCGACAUCUUGCUCUCCGAGUUCUCCGACAAGGCCGAGCAGGAGGACGUCGCUGCGCCCGAGGAGGAGGAACCGGAGGAGCGGGUGCCGGAGCCUGAGGGAGGAGAGGGUAGUGGCGUGGACGGGGAAGAGGAGGAAGAGCCGGAGGAGGUGGAGGAGGAAGAGGAUGAGGAUGAAGAAGAUGGGGAUAGUAGCGGCGGCCACAAGAGGAAGCGGAGGUUGGAUAAAGGUAAUAGUGACGGCAAGAGAAAGGGUGGUGGCUUUACUAAAUUAUGCAGCAUUUCCCCGACACUUCAAGAGUUUGUCGGUGCAUCUGAGUUAGCCAGGACAGAGGUUGUCAAGAAGCUUUGGGCAUAUAUCCGAGAAAAUAAUUUGCAAGACCCAAGCAAUAAGAGGAAGAUUCUUUGUGACGAGACCUUGAAGAAGCUCUUUAAGGUCAAUUCAAUAGAUAUGUUCCAAAUGAAUAAAGCUUUGACCAAGCAUAUCUGGCCAUUGAAUUCUGAGGGUCCUGCCUCCCCUAAGAAAUCAACACCCAAAGAGAAGCCUCAAAAGCGAGAGAAAAAUGAAGGAAAGAAGCAAAAGGUUGGAUCUUCUAGGCCUGGAACUGGUCUUAAUGCGCCUCUCCAACUUUCCGACGAUUUAGCGAAUUUCAUCGGCACUGGUGAGAGUAUGUUGUCACGAUCUGAUGUCGUGAAAAUAAUGUGGGAUUAUAUAAAAGAGAAUAACUUGCAGGAUCCUUCUGACCGGAGAAAAAUAAUCUGCGACGAGAAGCUGAAGAAUCUAUUCCAAGUUGACUCAUUCACAGGAUUCACGGUUUCAAAGCUGCUUAGUCCCCAUUUUACAAAGACAAAAUAGGGACCUGGAUCAUCCAGAUCUGCUGGACCCAAAAGGAUGGGUGAUUUUGUGUUUUUGCAGAAUGUGUAACCAUGGAACAUUUAGGAUCUAUAUAGAAAUGUGGAAUUUUAACUUGUCUGAAUUCUGGGUGGCACUGUUCUCCCAUUAUCAAUACUAGUAGGGUUUUCAAUGCCAAGCGAAUUCCGCAUCUGCGGGCUAA